UGACAUGGCGUCUUCUGGAGAGGAAUAUUGUUAUUGUGGCUCACAAUUGGUCCUCCAAUUUUAAGGUUUACCGAAGGACAGUAAAAGUGAUACCAGCAAUUAUCAACAUAAUCUUAUAAACAAUUUUUUUUGCAAAAUGCGUCGGGCGGGCGCAGCUAGAAAUCGAAAACAAACUUUGAAAGUUUUAAAGGAACUCGAUGCUUUCCCAAAAGUUCCUGAAAAUUAUCAAGAAACAUCCGCUAGUGGUGGUUCAGUGUCCAUCAUUAUUUUCUUAUUUAUUGGAAUUCUUGUGACAUCUGAGUUCUGGUAUUACAGAGGAGUUGAAACCAAAUAUGAUUAUGAAGUUGACACAGAUACUGACAGUAAACUUCAAAUAAAUGUUGAUAUGACGGUAGCAAUGCGAUGUGAUGAUAUUGGAGCAGAUGUAUUGGAUUUAUCUGGCUCCUCAUUAGAAUUAGGAGACAAACUUGCUUUAGAACCUACGUACUUUGAGUUAACUGAGGAUCAAAUGAGUUGGUUGAGAAUGUUUAGACAUAUGCAUGCAUUUGUGGAGGGCUACAGAGCGCUGAAGGUCCUUGAGGAGUUUAACAAUAAUGGACCCACCUACAUGCCUAGAAGAAAGGAUGGAGAAAAACAAGACAAACCUUAUGAUGCUUGUCGAGUCCAUGGCUCCUUUGAGGUUAACAAAGUGGCUGGAAAUUUUCACAUAACAGCUGGCAAGUCCAUUUAUCACCCCAGAGGACACGCCCAUCUGAGUGCUUUUGUGCCAUCUGAUUCAUUUAACUAUUCUCACAGGAUUGAUGCUCUCUCCUUUGGUCCCUGGGCACCUGGUCAUAUAAACCCACUUGAUGGAGAUCUUGUGACAACAGACAAAAAACUGCAGAUGUACCAAUAUUACAUUAAGAUUGUACCAACCACAAUCAAAUCACUAAAUGGUCAAGUUACAAAGACAAACCAAUACUCAGUAACACAAAGGAUCCGAGAAAUAAAUCAUGAGGCUGGAAGCCAUGGAAUUUCUGGAAUCUUCUUUAAAUACGACAUGUCAUCCAUAAUGGUACGAGUUGAAAGUCGUCACAGAUCGUUCUGGGGUUUCUUGGUACGUCUUUGUGGAAUUGUAGGAGGCAUAUUUGCCACUUCAGGCAUGAUGCACUCACUCAUUGGUUUCUUGUUUGAUGUAAUAACUUGCCAGUUUCAGAAGAAAAAAGAGGAAAAGUCCCUCACAAUGUCACAGAUCCCCUCAGAAACAUCUGUAGUCCAGCCAAAUGGCUUAUCACCUGAACAACCAUCACAGAGCAAAGAGCCUGUUGUCAGCUUUUCCCAUGAAGGAGUAGAUCCAAGUGUUGUUUCACCAGCAAAUGAGGCGUUAACAAACCAAUCACCAGUGAUAACAUGAUACAAGUGGACUCAAUUGAAAAAUUUAGUGACUUUAAGAUUCUUAUCCUCCUUCAUUUUAAUGAAAACUUGGGAAAUUCCUGAAGUCAUUCCCCAUAACAAAGAUUUAUUGUGACUGUCACAGAUCUUUUUAGAAAAUUAACUACCAUCAUCAUAAACACAUUUUUGCACACCCCAAGCCCUCUCGUGCAUUGACUUGUACUGAAAUACCACUGCUCUAUUAUCCAACUUAAAGUCUGAAAAAGAAUGUAAAUAUACUAGCCAGAACAUUUCUUCAGUUUUUAAUUACUUUUGAAGUCUUUGGAAAGAAAAUUAAAUAUAAACUAAAAUCUGCGUUACAGGGGGGAAUCCCAAUGAGUCACUAACAUUGUACCAAAAAAGGUGCUAUGAUGUUUUUGUGUUUUGAUAAACUGAAUGAGAACUUAUUUGUUUUAUUUCCAAUCCUAUGAGGUGCAUGUAACAAUUCUUCAUCAACAAUGAAUUGCUUAUUUAGAUUAAAAUCCCACAAAGGUACUGAGGAGGCUUGAUGCUAUUGUUAUGAAACCAGCCAUUCUACCUUUGCAGGGGGAGCUCCCCCUCAGAGGCAUCAUCACUUUUAAAGAGAAAACCCAAAUGAAUGUUGAAACAAGGACGUCUUGAAUCCUGUUUGAGUUAUUUUUUUUUAUAAAUAUAUAGAAAACAACCUAUGUUGGUGUAUAGAGUGGUAUGCUUACACCAAUCAGAUUGCUCGCACUAAUCAGAUCACCGCAUUAGGGUAUGUAUCUCGCACCAAUCAGAUUGCUGCAUUAGGGUAUGUAUCUCGCACCAAUCAUAUCAUAGCAUUUGAAUAUCAUGCAGUGUAUCUUCUCUUACUUAAGACCACAAUAUAUCUGGUUAGGGUCUAUUCAAGGGACAACAAAGUUUCAGUUUGCUUUUCGUAGUAAAAUUACGCAGAACUAAAUAUUUGAGGUAACUAACUGUGGACGAAUAAUUUUGAUUUUCUCUCUGUUGGAGGAAUGACAGUAAGCAUAGUCUCUUUCGCAACCGGUAUUUGGUCUUGUCACUCAACACACUCUCUUUCAAACGGGAGAUAGAGGGUGUAGUGGGACAAGCCCAAACGACGGCUGGGAAGGAGACAGCAGUAAGCGUGGCUCAUAGAGACAGUAGGUCCAUAUAAUAUCUGUGUGAGUACAUAUAAAUUGGAUUUUUUCUGUCUUUCUGCGAUAUUUUCCUUUUUUUUUGAAAGUUAUGCUCUUUUCAGUGACAGAAAUGAAAACAUUUAGUACACAAACUGUCCCAUCUUAAUCCACCCAGUUGAAAAAGAACUCUUGCAUGCUAAGCAUGCUUAUAUUUUUCAAAGCCAGACAAAAUUGUUUCCUUGUCAGAAAUAUUUAGCAUUCAAAUAACAUGUAUUUAACCAAAACUUAA